AUGCAUCCAACCACUCUAUUCAUGGGCCUGACAGCCCUCUUCUCUGUCACUUCAGCUAUUCCAGUUGCCCACGAAAAGCCCACACCUACACCUUCCAUGUCCAAGGUGCUGGUAUCCCCAUCUUCCUCCGCGUCCGCCUCUGCGUCGCCAACUCCUUCGACAAACCCCUACGAGGCGUACACAUGUCCCGCAAAGAAGCAAAAAGCCUGCUGUAUGGGCGUGGAACAAGCCAGCAAGGACAUUAUCUCGCCACUGGGCGAGCUUGUUCCUAUUGUAGGAGGCCUGCAAGUUAGCUCGGCCAUUACCUUCCAGUGUAAGAAAAUGGACGAAAAAGCACCCCCUUCCUCCUGCAAUGAGAAGGGAUAUGCCCCCAUGUGCUGCCAUGACAUUAACUCCGUUGGAUUCAGUUCCUGCAAGGGCUUCGAGCAAACCAAGAAGAACUUCUACGCCCAGCAUGGCCAUCCCGAAGAGACACAGGCUGAUAUGAUCAUGGAUGCUGUCACCUAA